UGGAAACUCAGUCCGAAUUCGUUAACAGCCGCUAACGGUUUGCUCUUGCUCUGCUCCACGAUCUCGCAUUGCUAGCACAUAGCACCCCUCCAUCGAUCCUUGAACAGACAUCCUCGCCAACAUGUCCAAAGUGUCGCAAAGCGCCAGCAAUGCUAACGGUAGCAGCACCACGAACAGCAGCGACAUCUACAACAUUGUGCUGCUAGUGGUGGACAUUGUGGUGCUGAUCGUCAAGUUCUGGCUGGCGAUAGUUGAGUCGAUAGUGGGCCUUUUCCAGACUAAGCCGCAGGAUAAUGUGAACGGGAAGUUUGUGCUGAUCACCGGCACUGGCCAUGGCAUGGGCAAGCAGAUGGCCCUGCAGUACGCCGCCUUGGGGGCCACCGUCAUCUGCUGGGACGUGAACGAGCAGACGAACAACCAGACGGUGAAGGAUAUCAAGCAGAAGGGCGGCAAGGCGUUCGGCUAUGUGUGCAAUGUGACCAAACGCGAGGAGCUGAUGGAGCUGGCCCAGAAGGUGCGCAAGGAGCAUGGCUUCAUCCAUGUGGUGGUUAACAAUGCCGGCAUCAUGCCCUGCCAUCCCCUUUUGGAGCACACCGAGAACGAGAUUCGUCUCAUGUACGACAUCAAUGUGGUCUCUCAUUUCUGGAUGAUUCAGUCCUUCCUGCCCGACAUGGUGGAGCGCAACGAAGGCAGCAUUGUGGCCCUCUCCUCCUGUGCCGGACUCUUUGGUCUCAUCAAUCUGGUGCCCUAUUGCGGCACUAAGUUCGCUGUCCGUGGCUACAUGGCCGCCCUCACCGAGGAGCUGCGCCAGAAGAAUCCUCAGAACAACGUGAAACUGACCACCAUCUAUCCGUACAUGAUCGAUACGGGUUUGUGCAAGAAUCCCCGCUACCGCUUCCCCAGCCUGUUCCAGUUGAUUUCCCCCGACGUGGCGGCCGCUUCCAUCAUUCAGGCCCAGCGCGAGGGCCUGGAGGAGGCAGCCAUUCCACGCAGCUACCUGACGCUGGAGAAGGUCGGACGUCUCAUUCCUCGCAAGGCAAUGCGACUGGUAAACGAUUUCGUCGACACUGGCGUCGACACUGACAAGUACUAGAAUGGAAUGGAGAGGAAUGGCCUCACCGCCUGAAAGAGUAGGAUGUACUCGCACGAGAGUACACUCUGCUUUAGGUCUUAGAGCUUUAUUAUUUUUGUUUUUUUUUAUUAUUAAUUUCCCGUAACUGCUUUGUGUGUAUAAUUGUAGCUCAUUUCUGUGAGAAAUGGGAAUUCAGCAAGCUCAAUUUAGCUGUUAAAAAGGUUGUUACUUAAAUGCUUUAAUGCUAAUUGUGUGGGUCGUAAUAAAGUCGCCAUAAAUCUGAA